AUGGAAUAAAAUUAUAUUAAACUUGUUAUAGUUGGUGAAAGCGGAGUUGGAAAAACACAAAUUCUGAAUUCUUAUUGUUUUGGAUUGGCCCCACAAGCAGCUUCUGAUUUCACAAUAGGAUGUGAUUAUGUACUGAAGAGAGUUCUUUUGAAUGGUAAAUUCUUAAAAUUGUAAAUCUGGGAUGUAUCUGGGGCUGAAAGAGAGUCUCCUUUAAUGAAAAUAUAUUUGAAAGGUGCAUUGGGAAUCAUAUUUGUAUUUGAUGUAACAAAUGAAAUGAGCAGAUAAUAAUUAGUAAAAUGGUAAAAUAUAGUUUAUCAAUAUGUUGAUGAAUAUAAUGGAAGACACAUUCCAUUCUUGAUUGUUUAGAAUAAAAUGGAUUUGGUCCAUCAAUAUGAUGAUUAAAAUUAACAGUAAUUUCUGUAGUAAUUUUGUUAAACUUUUGGUUUCUUUGAUGGAGUGUAAUGUUCAGCAUUUGAUAAUCAAGGGUUGAAGAAUGUCUUCGAAACAAUAGUUGAUGAAAUCAUUAGAAGAGAUCUAGUGGAAUUGUAAUAGAAAAAAAAUGAAAGUAAAAUAAGUAAACUGUAAAUAGAAGACAAAGGAUUGAAACUAAAAUAGAAAUCAAGAUGUUCAUGA